AUGCAGAGUACGGAGAAGGAGAAGCCCAUACCCAUUGCAGAACAAGUAGUUCUGCAGAUGGAACAACCAGAAACACCAAAAAAAUCUACACAUGAAAAUGAAUCAACCUCUCCUCAUCUUCCACCUAGAGCACCAACUCCUACAACUGUUAGGAGAGCCACUUUUGCAAAAACCAAGUCCAGAUUUGAUGAGAGAAACUAUCCUAAUCAAUCACCAAGGUCACCCAUUUAUGAACCAGCAGCAGAAGAAAUAGAAAACACCCAUAACAACAACACAUCAACAGAUGAUGAAGAAGAAGAUGAAAUCUGGAACAAAGAACAUGAAGAAGAGAGUGAAAAGUACAAAAAGAAGAAGAAAAUUAAGUGGAGGACUAUCUUUGAGUGGGUUGCUUUCUUUGUCAUCACAGCUGCUCUGGUAUGUAGUCUUACAUUUGAGUCAAUCAAGAAACAGACUAAAUGGAGUUUAGAGGUCUGGAAAUGGGUUUUAAUGGUUAUGGUUCUUUUCUGUGGUAGAUUAGUGUCUGGUUGGGUUAUAAAGAUUAUAGUCUUUUUCAUUGAAAGGAAUUUCAUGUUAAGAGAGAAAGUGCUCUACUUUGUGUUUGGUCUUAGGAAGAGCUUUCAGAAUGUUAUCUGGUUAGGAUUAGUCCUGUUGUCAUGGUCAUUGAUGUUUAGUCCUGAUGUUCAGAAACAUAAUCCAAUCUUUAAGAAGGUUUUUAGAGCUUUGAUUGGGGUUCUUGUUGGUACUAUAAUUUGGUUGAUUAAGAUUGUUCUGGUGAAAAUGUUAGCUUCAUCGUUUCAUGUGGCGACUUUCUUUGAUAGGAUGAAAGAAAGUGUUUUUCACCAUUACAUUUUGGAUUCUUUAUCUGGUCCCCCGCUGGAUGAAAUCGACGUGACGGUGCCGCAGAAGCGAAAGACAUUUAUGGCUUCCAGGUCGUUGCCUGCGAGAUUGAAAGAUAGCAAGAGGAUUUCUAGAAGGAUGGGUGGCUCAAGGAAGAUAGACAUUGAGAAGCUAAGGAAACUAAGUAUGGAAAGUACAGCUUCAGCUUGGAGUGUCAGGAGACUGAUGAACUAUGUGACGAGUUCUGGUCUGUCCACAAUCUCGAGAACGAUUGAUGAUUUUGCGAUAUCAGAAUCAGAAAUUACGAGCGAGUGGGAAGCAAGAAUGACUGCCCAGAGGGUUUUCAAGAACGUUGCUAAGCCUGGUGCCAAGUACAUUGUAGAGGAGGAUCUGCUUAGGUUCUUAAGAAGAGAAGAUAUGCAGACAAUAUUUCCUUUCUUUGAGGGAGCUGUUGAAACUGGACAAGUCAAAAAAUCUGCUUUCAGGAACUGGGUGGUGCAUGCUUAUAUUGAGCGAAGGUCUCUAGCUCAUUCUCUCAAUGACACUAAAACAGCGGUGCAGCAGCUUCACAAGUUAGCUAGUGCAAUUGUGUCAGUGGUUAUACUCGUGGUUUUCGUUCUAGUGAUGGGGCUGGCGACUUCCAAAGUUAUCCUGUUGAUCACAUCCCAGCUACUACUUGUGGGUUUCAUGUUCCAGAACACGUGCAAAACCAUCUUUGAAGCUAUCAUCUUUGUCUUUGUAAUGCAUCCAUUUGAUGUAGGCGACCGUUGUAAAAUCGAUGGUGUUCAGAUGAUAGUGGAAGAGAUGAAUAUCUUGACAACGGUUUUCCUUCGAUUUGACAAGGAGAAGAUUUACUAUCCAAACUCAGUUUUGAGCACAAAACCUAUCAGCAAUUUUUACAGGAGUCCAGAUAUGCUCGACGCAGUUGAUUUUACCAUCGACUCCUCAACCUCUAUGGACAAUAUCAAUCUUCUGAAGAAGGCCAUACAAACAUAUAUUGAGGGCAGGCCGAAGUAUUGGACUCCUAACCACUCGGUCAUAGUGAAAGAGAUUUUGACUCUAGACAAGUUGAAUAUGUCUCUGAAUGUGACACACACAAUGAACCAUCAAAAUUUCGGGGAGAGAAACUUACGUAGAACUGAACUCAUUUUUGAGCUGAAGAGGAUCUUUGAAACCCUCGGAAUCAAGUACCAGCUUCUUCCUCAGCAAAUUCAUGUCACCCAAUAUACCACAGCCGGUGGAGAUCCGACAGCGCAAUUUCAAUGAGUUACUAACGCAAAGAUGUAAUUCCAAGUUCUCAUAUAUCUAGAAGUUAACUUGUUGAAUGCUACCAGAGCCUCCAUCACCAGAGAACAUUGCAUGAGCUCUUGACAGCAUGAGGCAUGAUCUUUGGUAUCAAAUUAUGAGCAUCUAAGAACAUUGCAUGGAACAUUCUAUGUGCAUCGACAGGGCAAUGCAGUGUCUCUUCAAAGGUAAUGCAAGCCAUUAAUUAUGUUUACUAAGGUGGAUAAAGAAGAGAUUGGAUCAGAAUGAAAAAAAGGAAAAGAUAAGGAAGAGAUUUGAAUGGGAAUUCUGGAAAUUAUAAGGUCAUUUGGUUGUGUAUUUACAGGUUCAGGUUGAAACUUUGAUGUGGUUUUGUGCAAGAGAGUUUAAUAUUG